CGUUGGACCAACAUCCUCCUCUUACCACACUACCUUUGACACUGCACCGCACUAUGGCUACCAUCGCCUCACAGCAAGUGCAGGAGGUGGUGCUCAGCAUCGAAUCCCCCAUCCUAGCUGCGACACCCCCCGGAAACACUGCCAGGAUCGAGGAUAGCCCUAUCAAUGCCCAGCGGUGGGUCGUGGCUUGGACGCGGAUAGACAACAUUCUUUCUGUGAAUCUGAAGAAGGUCUUCUCCGGUUUCCCCACUUUCACCGACCAGGACAGUCUUGUGUACAAGUCGCUGCAUAUUAUUCCUCGCAUGAAAAGAGAUGCCUGCUCUUCUACCACCAUUGAUAAUGCGAAUUUGAGGGACAAAAACGGCGUUUACGGAAUUAUCGAUGUCGACAAGGUCCUUCACGGGGAUAAGUACUGCUUCGAUGUCGUGCUCUCCGUUCAGCAAGAGCCUUUCUGGAAGUCGAUUCAGAAACCACAGCCGGUCCUGACAGCACAGCCAGAGUUCAAGAGUACCGAGAUGAUGAAGGUUCUGCUCAAGGAUAUGCACUCGGUCGAUACCUGUUUCAUCUUUGACGCGGAAAAGGAUAAGACACGGUUGAAUGCUGGCCUGUGGGCGCACCGUGCUGUCCUUUCACGCUACGAGCAGUUUGCGAAGCGGAUCCUAGAAGACGCCAAGGAAAAGGAUUUAAGCGACGAGGAAGGCUCCUCGGCGGACGAGAUCCGCGACGACUUGGGUUCCACUGUUCUGACCGUCCCUGUCCACAAGUUCUCGCUGGCUUCGUUUUGUGUGAUGCUUCGAUACAUCUACACGGGUGACAUCGAGCGUUCCCCCGACACCAGCCAACAUGCGAUCUGUACCACGGAGAGCCAUCUUGUGUACCGAACCUUCCGUGGAGCCAAAGCUGAACAGGAGUCUAUCAGCUGGAACCCACUGGAUGCAGACUCUCCGUGGAAGCUGAAGGAAGUGGACUGGGAUGAGCUGCUAGUUUUGGCGGACUAUUAUGGAGUGGCAGAUCUGCGAGCUUACAGCGAGCUUGCAGUGGUGGACAAACUUGACAAGCACAAUGCGGUGCAGACGCUGUUUACGGUUGGGAGCAAGUUUGAGAAGGUCAAGGAAUCAGCACUGGAUUUUCUAGCCAACAACAUGUCGGAACUGAUGUUGGAAAACAAGGACCCGUUUUCGUCUUUCCAGUAUCAUCCGGAUUGCUACAGCAACUUGGUUGAGCUGAUGCGUCGGAAGAGCAAGAAGGCCUGAGAAGGCCUGAAAGGGCUAUGCAGGGAGGCUUUUUCAAGAGCUAUCCGGCACUCGUGGCUGACGUUGGAUACGGCAGAUCAGUUUAUCUUUACUUUUUACUUUUUUCUCUCACUUCUCCCCUCUGCAUCUCAGAAAGAUGGAUAUUCUUUCAGAUCAGCUUUCUUGAAUGUGUUGACGGCAACUGCAAUAAAAAUAUUCCCCUGCUGUCAAUGACAACCGCAGUGGGUCUAAUCUUCGAUGUCUAAUGGUUUACAAAGCACCUGCGCCUGGACCUAGCCCUCCUGCCUGUUAUGAGAGUGAGUACUAGACAGCAAGAUGUUGAUGAGCAAUGGGUGCAGCGCAUACAUCUGACCAACAGGGGUGGCACACAGAAAAAGUUGUCUUUGCCGUCUUUGCUGCCCUUUUUUUUUUUUUUU